UCUGCAUUACUUAGACGUUUGUUUGUUAUUAUUAGGCGUGAGAAGUCGAGAUGUGGAAGUCCUUGGAAUACUGCGAUUUUACCUUGACAUGGGACAGUGAUCACGAUCCAAAUUUUCUGUCAACUUACACUGUUACACAGAAUGAUGAUGACUGGAAUGAAAUGGAUGAUGGCAUUGAUCAACCAAAUUCUUCAUUUAUAACCUGUACGAGGAACGAACAUUCAUGUACAUUAGAACUCGGUUGUAUGUGUAAACCACAUCAUGGUGUAUCGAUAGUGGGUGUGAAGGUCAGAAGCCAGGCACAGACUAUAGAACUAUAUUCGGAUAUAGAUGGUUAUUUACAGACUGCGAGAUGUAAAACAACUGAUGAAGAUGGGUCUUUCUGCUGUACUGCUAAGCUUGAAAAUCCAGUCAACAAACUAGAUAUGAAGUUUGUGGGAUUAGGUAAAAAGUCAGCGAUCAGAAUCUACAAGCUGCAUUUUAUGCUGAAACAAAACUAUGAGAACAAGAAUGGUAUUAAUGGCAGCACCGGAAUGAUUGACAUGUCAAAGGUGAAAGGAUACCUACACAGUAUGGGUGACACCGCCCCGGAGGGAGGGACUAGACUAUUGCAUGCUGUGGAGGAUUACCAACAGUCUCAGAUGUCAAAGUUUGGAGCAUUGUCGUCUGCUCUUAGUUCAGGCGGCGCUGACAGUUCAUCUAUGCUUUCUAGCCUCCUUUCUAUGGUGAAUAGAUCACAUGACUUUGAAUCAGCCAAUCAGAUUGUGCCAAAGCAGGGAUAUGCUCCAGAUUUAACCAAUAAUCAUCAAGAAACAAAAUCACAUGACUCUCUCAAUGGUGGCCCAUUGGCUGCUAUGUUGAUGUCAAUGUCAAGGACUCAGGAAAGUGGUCAAGGUGAUUCUGAAAGUCAGGGAGGAAUGUUUGCAAUGUUACAGAAUAUUUGUGGGAAAGUUAGCAAGCUGAGAGUAGCUGAACAUGCAGCAGAAACAGGGGCAGAGACUCAAAAAGAAGAUGAUAUUAUAGACACUAAGGAAACAAGAGUUGAGACACAUCCUGAUAUUGGUGCAAGUUUUGAGGAUACAGUGUCUCCAAAACUGACUGGUUCUCACACUGAAAUGUUGCAGAAGAAAAUUGAACAGACUGUGUCACAGAUGAUAAAUUUGAGUGAAGAGAAAAUAAUCCAGUAUGUUGAUACCAGACUAAAUGCAAUGGAAACCAGACUAAAUGAGAAACUUGAUACCCUUAUUGAAUUAUUAAGGAAAUGAUAAAAGAGAAAAUGUUGGCCAGGUGCUAACAAACAGGACUACAAUUAAACCAGUUGUCAUGACUUCAAAGUGCCAUGUUCCUCCAGGUGGAAUUAAUAACUUUUAGAUAACAGUUCUUUGAAAGAGCGUUUUACAUUAAAAGGCUAAAGAAUGACGGAACCUUUUGGAAUUGGAGCUGGAUCUCACGUUUUCCUUCACAUUUUUCUGGUGGAGUCAACUGUAUGGGUAACUGGUGACAACAAUAAAAUAGUCUUUCAUAUGCAUGCAUACAGAAAUAAAUCAAGUGUAGACACUUGGCAAUGAGCAGCAUGUUAUAAAUCUGUGAUAUUUUAAUGGUGGCCAACCAAAUUCUGGUCAUCUUAUAAAUUUGUUUGAAUCUUUAAAAACUAGUAAUUUACUCGGCACUUGUAGAUGUUACAUAAAAAAAUUAUUGAUUGGAAUUAAAUAGGAUUCAUUUCUUACAAUUUCUUAAACCAAGAUUGAAUUUUCUAAUGUUAGUAAGAAUUUAAAAAAAUACUUUGGCUAAGGGAUGAUGAAAUUAUAAGAACAUUUUAACCUUUAUCCUGCUGGCGGCAAUUAAUUUUGCCUUUGCGACCAGUGCAGACCAAGAUCAGCCUACACAUCUGUGCAGGCUGAUCAUGGUCUUCACUGUUCGCUAUUGAGUAAGUCAGUUUUCAGUGAACACCCCUUUAAAUGAUAAGUGCUACUGCCCAAAUUGAAUGAUGGACCAGUCCAUUUUAGAAAUUUAGCAGGGUAAAGGUUAAUUAUAUUUAUCAAAACUUGCUUUGAAAUUAUAAUUACAUUCAUGAGUAUGGAUGAAGUUCAGUUGAAAUACACUGUAAUUUUUUUAGCUCACCUGUCACAAAGUGACAAGGUGAGCUUUUGUGAUCGCGCGGUGUCCGUCGUCCGUCGUCCGUCCGUCAGUCAGUCCGUGCGUCCGUAAACUUUUGCUUGUGACCACUCUAGAGGUCACAUUUUUUGUGGGAUCUUUAUGAAA